UCAGGAGCAGAAGUGAACCAACAGAGGAGCUGACUGGGUCGAGGCGGGGCGAGAGGAGUCGACAGACUGUUUCUCUCUCGUGUGUCUCUCUCAAAGCACUUCUCGCCAACAUGCCUCAAGCGUGACAAUAAACUGGUUUAUCUAGGUGACGGAGGGGGAGAGGAAAAAAGAAAAGGCAAUGUAAGAAGGAAAAAACCUUCGACAAAGUCCCACCUGGACGAGGACCGCGACACCACGGUGGUGGAGGAAAAACAUGGUGGAGAAGGCAAUAUGACUGGCUCAAAGUUUAACCGACGACAAGCUUGAAGAGUGAAUAUCAGUGGGACCACAGUAUGGCGCGCCGCUCUCAGUGUUCCUCUGCUGGGGAUAACCCCCUGGACCCCAACUACCUCCCCCCUCACUAUCGGGAAGAGUACCGCUUGGCUAUUGACGCACUGGUUGAGGAGGACUUGGAGGGUUACUAUCAGUUCCUCCAGAAAGCAGAUGUGGUGGACUUUCUGUCCUCUCCUGAGAUUCAGUACAUUCAGGAGUCUGUGCAGGUCCCUCCGCAGAGCAACCACCCUGACCAACGUUUCCUGGAGGCGGGUGGAGAUGGCUCCUCAGACACUUACUGGCCGCUUCACUCCGACCUGGACGCCCCAGGUUUGGACCUUGGCUGGCCCCAGAUGCAUCACUUCAUUGGGCCGACAGAGGUCACCACUCUGGUCAACCCGCCUGAGCCCGACAUGCCGAGCAUCAAGGAGCAGGCCCGACGACUUAUCAAGAAUGCUCACCAGGUGAUUGCGAUAGUGAUGGACAUGUUUACAGAUGUUGACAUUCUUCAUGAUAUUCUCAAUGCUGCCACGAGGAAUGUCGCUGUGUACAUCCUUCUGGACAAGCAGAAUGUGCAUCACUUUAUCAACAUGGUGUCCAACUGCAGAGUGGAUCUACAGAGCAUCCCAUUCUUACGUGUGAGACUGGUGUCUGGCAUCACGUAUCAGUGCCGCUCAGGCAAAUCCUUCAAAGGUCAGAUGAUGGAUCGCUUCCUGUUGACAGACUGCAGGGCUGUGCUGAGUGGAAACUACAGCUUCAUGUGGUCUUUUGAGAAGCUCCACCGCUGUAUGGCACACCUUUUCCUCGGACAACUUGUAUCGACCUUCGAUGAAGAGUUUCGUAUUCUGUUUGCUCAGUCCGAGCCCCUGAUUAUUGAAAACAUGCUCCCUCCAGUGGACGAUUUUGGCAUUUUACAAAAGAGGCCAUACCUAAGUGAAAGAACUUCACUGUACAGAGAGCCAAAGAAAUUUAUAGACACCGCUCGUCCAGAGGAAUGGGCAAGACAUCCCUAUGAUGAACGUGUGGAUGUGGAUUGGAGAAUGAAAAGGCAGGGAUCUUUGCACGGCCCUGCAGAUAUGUACAGCAGGUUUCCAUCCCAGCAGUCACGAAUGGAUCCAUCUUUUGAUCAGGGCCCCUCCAGGAUACCCCUGAUGGAAAAUCCAGCCCUCAAACGUCACAGUUUUGCUGAAGGCGUUCAUGGUAGAUACUCCUUCCCAUUCCUGCAGCAGCAGGGAAUACCAGAGCCUGAGAACCAGGGAAGGCAGUUUCACAGGGGGCAGCAGCCUUAUCCAGGACCAGGACCAGGACCAGGAAAAGAAGCAGAUUAUAGUGGCUAUGACAAGUUCUGGAACCAAGACUUUAAUUUAGCAGGUCAGUAUUCGGAACCUGGAUUACCACCAGAGAUGGACCCAUCUGAUAACUUUGACCCUGUGCUUAACUAUUUAUCAUCAACCAGAAAUGUGGACUUUGACCAGGGCUCAGAAAAAUUACCACCUGCAGCAGAUUUACCGUUUAGUUCAUCUCACCCUCAAAGACUGAGUUUAGGACAGCCAUAUGCCUGCCUAACGUCUCCCACCCCCUCGAAUCCAACUGAGCAGAAGCAGUUUUUCCUGGAGCCUAACACUGACCGCAAGGAUCCUAUGGUGAAACGGGGCCUAAGAGACUGGAGGAUUAGCUCAUACCUCAGUGCAUAUGAUGAUCCGGAUGAUGAAGGCCUGCCGUUGGCACCACCUAAUGUACCAGAUCCUUUUGAGGAGCAUUCUAACCCUGUACAGCAAACGGCACCAGGCAUAGAUGUAAUAGUCUCUAAAAUCCCUAAUGUCAGAGAGUUUAAGGUUCCUGCAUUUCCCAGGGCAAGUCAAAUGCCAGGAUAUGCCAAAACCGCUGCACGAGAGCAGACAAAGAAAUUGACUGAAGAACCUACGGCAGUGGUUGCAGAAACAAAAACAACACCGACGCCUUCAGAGUCAUCAUCCACGGCUGAAGGGGAAAAGACAGAGGAGCCGGAGCAAAAGGAACCGAAAACUAUUGGUCUUCAUAGGGAGGAGUCAUUCCGUAGGAAAUACAAUGCAGCAGUACCAAGGAGCUCUAGAUUAAGAUCCUCUCUGAUAUUCAGCUCUCUGGAGCAGCAAACUGCUCCAGGCCAACAGGAUGAGGAAAGUGACAAAAAUGAGCCUGAUCAGAUGAAACUCUCUUUUGUUCCUCAAGUUUUGGGACAAAGGAGGUCUACAGCAAGAGAACCUAUUGAGUGGAGCCGUUUCAUAAAGUCAGCCACUAUCGAUAACUCUGCCACAGACUCAUCCAAACCAGACAAUGGAGACAGUAAAGCAGGUGAUAAAGAUUCAUCAAAGGACAAAAAUUCAAAGGAUUGUCCAGAAAACCGCGAGUCGUUAAAACAGCCGGGUGUAGAGGAAGCAAAUUCAUCACCAUCAAUGCCCAGAUCCAAGCCUUCUGACUGUGAGACUACCAAAACUGAUCAACCAAUACAACCACCCAAAUCUUUGCUCACCAGUCCGUUGUAUGUGGAUAUGAAUGAUCCUGACUCAAGGCUGAUGUUUUUCAAAGAGUUGGCAGCGAAACGCAAAGCUGCUAAGGCUGCAGAAGCUGAAAAGAGCAAAGAGAGGGUCCCAGUGAAACCUGAACUGAAAAACAACACUACUGAUAAAAAGGAGGAGCCUGUACCACAACAAACCUCAGAAAAAAUGGCUGAUACUACAACAUCUGAGGGUGUGUCAGAGAAAAUUGUGCCUGCAGAAGAUGCAGGGAAAACGGUAUCCACAGAAGCAUGCAAGUCAGUCAGUCUAUCCUUACAUGUCAGUGAUGAGACUGACAAGGAGAAAAGUCAGGAUAACAGCCAAAGCUGUGAAGAACAAACCACAGUUUCAACUGAUUCAGUGAAGAUUGAGCUGAAGAACAGCCCGUCAGCAGAACCUCAGAGUGAACCACCACAAACACCAGAUCCUGCUGUAAAACAGGGUAGCUCCAGUCAUCCACCUACACCAACGAGUACUACUCCUGUUAAUCUUCCUUCUCUUGCACAAGGUACUGAUGAAAGUGGUUCUACCUCAAAGGAGUCUGGUCCACUCAUUCCCAGCUCAGUGGAGGUACCACCCUCUUCUGCAUUGGAUUCUAACACCCAAAGUCCAGAAUCAGUUCAGUUAGAAACAAACACCCCCUCCCCUCCGCUGCUAUCUGAACAACACACUGGAUCAGAAUUCAGCUCUGCUAAGCCAUCAGUACAAAGCUCUUCCACUCAUCACAUUCAGCCAGAUUCUGGUUCACAGAUCAGUCCAUGUCCUUCACCCUCUAGUUCCACUCCUGUUUCCGCCCCAGCAGAGACCAUAUCCUGUGAUGUUACCCGAGAGGACUCGAGCUCAACCCCAACUUCCAGCAUAUUGUCCUCAAAUGCACAGGAAAUGGUCGGCCCCUUAGUGCCAGAGCCCUCCCGAUCGGUUGAGGAAAUUUCUGAGUCUGCACAAGCUGAUCCAGAUUCUGUUUCUCAAUUGACGUCAUCUGAGACGCCUUCAGCAGUUGACUCUGCACAUGUGGAAUCUGAAUUUUGUCAGGACUCAUGUGCUGCUGGUUCAGAGCCAAACACAUCCUCAUUACAUUCAGAGACAAACACUGGAGAACUUUGUGCUCCUGUGCUUUUAGAAAAAGACGUUUCUGAAUCAGAAAACAACUCUUUUCAAAAGGAUGUUGUCAAAGCUGAUAGCACACCUUCCAGCCCUUCAUCGCCUGGAUCAUGUUUACCUAAUGUAUCUGAUCUGGAAAGUAAAUCCAGAUCUGAUCAAAAUGAGACUGUUAUUCCUGCUCCCUCCCUAGAGGACCCUCUGCCUGAGCAUUCUCCAGCAGAAACAAGCUCUCCUGUCCAUCCAGAUUUAACUGAUAAUGUUUCACAGUCAAAAACAGCUGCAUCUCUUCCAGAAGCACCAAUACAAGUGACCCCUCCCUCCGAACUUAACCUGACAAGACCUGUUGCCCCCCCUCCUGUUGAAACAAUAUCAUGUUCUUCUCCUCUAACUGAGUCAGUUGAUUCAGCUGUGUCCCCUGAGGCUGAACAAACACUUUCUGCAUUGCACAGCCCCUCAGAUACUAGCUCUCUUCCCGAGCAGGUUACAACGGACUCAAACGAAACUGUAAUGCUCCCAUCAACAGAAACUUGUAGCCCAACUGAACCUACCUCAGAAGUCCCAACAGAACCUGAUCUGCCAUGCAAAACACCUGAAUCUGUGACAUCUGAAACCCUUCCCUCAGAGCCACCCGUGCCUGCUGAAAACAGUACUACGCACAUUCAGAAUGAUGUAAGCCAAGUGCCUGAAAUGCCUGACCAUGGUGAGAAAAAAACGGAUGAUACUGAGGUCACAGACGAGGUUAAUAAAGCUACUACACAGGAAUCGGUCUGCGGAGAGAAAAAAGACCAAGUAAGGCAAAACAACUGCUCCGAACAGCCAGAGGUCACAUCAGAAGAAGCUGUGCCUCCAUCACCGCAGUCCAAGCAGCCAAAAUCAACCCAGUCUCGCUAUCACUCAUCAACAGCCAACGUGCUCUCUAGCAGCAACCUCAGAGACGAUACGAAGCUGCUUCUGGAGCAGAUUUCUGCAAACAGCCAAAGCAGGAACGAAGCUACCAAAGAGUCUCCUGUCACUGAUGACGAGAAGGAAGACGAAGCUGACAAACACGCCAAAAGGGAGAAAGACAGAGGGUUCAGAUCACUCAGCAGGGGCCAGCCUAAGUCAAAUCAAGAUCGCGAUAAGCUGCUGGAGAGAAUUCAAAGCAUGAGGAAGGAGAGGAAAGUUUACAGUCGAUUUGAGAUGGCACCUUAAAGGGAAUCCAAAGAAAGUUGAGAGGAUAAACAGUGCAUACAGUGGCUGGAAGGGAAAUCCCACAAAAAGCUCAAAUGAUGACCAAGACAUUUUCUCACCAAAGACAUUUAAUAAAAACGGGAUUUCACAGUGGUGUUCUCUGCAAACAAGGCAUGUUAUGCGAAGAAGAGGCAGAGGACCCGUAUCAAAGGGUAAAAGUACUCGUAACACAAAUGAAUACAAACCUGAUGUCUGAAUUACACAUGCUACGACCAAAGGGCUUCUUAUUGUAGGUGAAUCACCGAGUGUGAACAGUACAUGGACUGAGACUAUGAUGAAAUGUGUUUUUACUGACUGCAUGGGUAAAGUGCAAUGUUUGCAACAGGUUGUUUCUGUGAUGAGGUCUGUCCUUUUUUCUUUACAGCUCUGACAGCCAUUACAUUAAUGUUAGCUGGUUUUAAGACAUAAUGUGAUGUGUAAAGUGUAUUACAUAAUCUAAAAUAGUCUGAGUUUAUAACACUGUGGUUUUUAUUGUAGUAUUUCAUAUUCAUGUUAAACAAAGAUGUUGAUAAUUAAGCGUGUUUGUGAAACACGUGGAUAUAUAAAGUCGUAUUCAUGCGGGACUGUUAUUGUUCUGGUGUAAAUAAAUAGUAACUUUAAUGCUUUGUAAUCUGAAUCAAACAUGGUGUUGAAAUGAUGAACAAACCUAAGAUUGAAGCAGAAUUGCGGCUUAAACAUAAUAUAAUGUGUGAAUAAUUUUACACCAUAUAGUAUGUUUAAUUUUUCUGUUGAACAUUGUUCAGCAGGAGUCAACGGUCGAUUUUCCAAGUCUUAAAUGGUCUGUUCACCCAAAUUACCCAAAUGAUUUUUAUUUAGAUGCUUUUUGAAACAAACAUACAUAGGGAACGAUAUGUUGCUUUGUAAGUGUUUGAAUGUAAAGCCAAAGCUGCCUACAUGGCUAGAUUCCACUGUGGAUAAGUUAUUUUUUGUAAUCUGCUGGAACCAACCCGCUUAUUGUCUCUGAAAAGGUGCCUUUUAAAUCCAAACUAGUCAUUCCUGUACAGUGAAACAAAGACAUUCUGAAACCGCAAAGAAUUUACAGAACAGUAUGUAGAAUUGUGCUGUGAAAGUUACACUUUUAUAAUGGACUUAUGAUACAGCAACACUUGCCAUUUGUAAAUAAAACUUCUUCAAAA